AUGGCGCCGCCAGAUUCAUCAUCGCCACCUACCAGUCCGACCAUCACAAAGACACCAACACCAUCUCCUACUCCUUCUCCUAUCCCGCCUCCAGUUCCAGUCGAGACUCAUCCCAACCGUGCAAAACCACAAGUCAAUCGCCUUCUUAGCGAUCCCACCCGUCUAGCGCCCGAAGAUGCAUUCAGAACAUUCUCGCCACCACGUCUGCGGCCUGUCCCAGAGAUCGCUGGCUCGGCAGCUGCUUCCGCGGCGGCGGCAGCUCUUCGACCUGCAAUCGCAUCGCUACGAGCACCCCCUGCCAUACCUCCUGUCGCAGCCAGGCUAGCGGAAGAAAAAAGACGCGCGGCGAGCCGGAGGCGCAGACAACCACACGUGUGGAAAAAGCUGCUGUGGAUCAAACAGCAUGGAUUUCCGGACAAUUACACUGACACGGAAACAUUCUUGGACCAUCUGCAAAGAAACCCAAGGUUGCAGCCGUACGAUUUUUGGCCGCUGGUAGCAGACUCGGCGGUCAUUGUGCAGCACGUAUGUUCUGUCGCCAUCUUCGUGUGUGCCUAUGCAGGGAUCUAUCAGGAUCGCCUGUCGCCUGUGUCGGUUGUGACUUGCGGUACAGUCGCCACAGUGGCUUGCUGGAUUGUGUGGGAUUAUUGGAUGGGUCAAGAAGAAGCAGCAGAGAUGGCUGCCGCGAAGAAGGCUAAUCGAUUGUCUGCCGAUGUCGAUGAUGGUUCGAGCACAAGCUCUACGGGCUCCACGAAACCGGUGAUGAACGGUAAUGGUCAUGCCAACGGACACGCGAACGGAGGCCUCGGUGGCCGUGGGCUCGGUCUGAAAUUGUCAACCACCAACUUGGCCGUCAAGGACAACGAGUCAAGGUUCUCCGGUAAGCACGGCCAAUCUUUGUCAAAAUCAUCCUUCCAGUCAAUUUCACCCAUCGACGGGCUGGGCGAUUCGCAGAUGGAACCGUUUCCAGAUCUUCGGCCGACUACAUCUCGACCGCAGGAGCCCAAAUCUCCUAGCAUCGUUUAUUCGCCGACAACCCUACCCGCAUCCAUUUCACCUCGUAAUCAGGCACGCCUAAAGACACUCAAGUCGGCUGGGUUGAUUUACUUUGCACUCAUCGGUUUGUCACCGAUCCUGAAAUCUCUGACGAGGUCAACUUCGUCCGAUUCGAUCUGGGCCCUUGCAACGUGGCUUCUUAUCAUCAAUAUUUUCGGUUUUGACUACAGUAGCUUGUACAUGCCUGCAAAGCCACAUGCAAUCCCUCCCUCAUCAGAAGCCUCUCAAGCGGCCACGGGGGAGACGACGAAACCACCUCCGCACGCGUCAUUCCGUACUCCUGCCUUUCCAUCGUCCUUGUCAACAAAUGCGGCUUUGAUGGCGAGUACCGUGUUGGCGUCACGACUACUUACCACCACAGCCGUGUUCAGCCUCACCCUCUUUUCGAUCCAGGUGUUCGGCCUGUUUCCAGUGUUCCGACGCCAUCUUCGCCACAAGUCCUUUAACUAUCAUCUACUGCUCACCUUUGCUUUGGUCACGAUAUCUACCUGUGGGUUGGGCCUGAUUCUCUCCAAAUCUUACACGCACACCUAUGGUGACUGUGGCUUCUGCCUGGGCUGGAUCUGGCAUGUCAUUAAACGGUGCACUAUUGGAUUUGCAAUUGGAGGAUUUGGAACGGCGUUUGUGAUGGGUGGUUGUUCCUGGUGGCUGAUCGGAUUACAGCGGUAUAAAAAUGUGGUCAUUGGGCCAUGGGAUCCAGCCAAACCCGUGCUCACUGGUGGUGUCUAUGGACGUAGCAGAACAGGCACCGAAUAG